AUGGGCACAAUAAAUUCAAUAGGGGCUGGAGUACCAUCUUCUUUUGAGGACAAGAAGGUCGGCACGCCUAGAUCUAGUAAGGAUUACGCUAGCAAAAAUUCGAAUUCGGUUCUUACGAAGAAUGUCAAAAAGAAAAUCAUCCCAUCGGAAAUAACUUCAUCUUCGACAGGUCAAUUGUACAAUGUAUACAGUUCACAAAAAUGCAGCAAAAGUGGGGGAACAUCAAUUGGAAAUGCAAAUUUUCGUUCCCCUGAAAGGUUUUCAGAUUAUUAUACGAAAGAAAUUACAAAUUCAAAUUCUGAUGACCCAAUUGGUUCAUCCAUUAUGAUGCAGGAUGAAGCGAAUGAAAGAUCAUCAUCAGUUAUGUCUGUCAAUAGCAAGCUGGAUGAUGCAAUGCGACCCACGGGAGGUAAUGAAUCGGCAGACUUCAAAGAUAUUGGAACACUAUCGGAUUUAACUAGCAGCAUCAAGAACGAAACGCAAAUAGGGGAUAAUGAGGCAAUUAACAGUUCUCUAUCUUCUAGUGAUACAAAAGAUUUUUCUAUACCCACGAAACACCAUAUAGUUAAAAAAAGAGCCAAUUCUACUUCUCUCGAAAGUUUAGAUACAUCUAGGACAAAACUUGACUUUGCGUUUGAUGACCUUUCUUCCCAGAAAUACAACUCCACAAUUACGGCGAAAGAUAAAACGAAUGCAAAAAAAUUACCCUAUUCAUUGGCCAUUGAUCCAUUUGACGUUAAAUCAACACAUUUUCAUGAUCACAGGUACUUACGACAUUUUCCAACGGUUCAUUUAAUUGACCAAGAAGAGUUUAUUGACAUGUUGAAACAUCAUUUUUUGACACCUCUGCCGAAAUCUGAUGAUGUUUUUCCAUGGUUACAUGGUAUUCACAAGAACAAUUAUGCGCAGUUACAAUUCUUAGGGGCAUGCGGAUGCAAUUAUAUGGAAAAGAGCAAAGAAAGGGUAAGGGAGGAUGAAGAGAAAAAUAGAGAAAUCGUAGAUCCAAUUCCAGAGCUUGCAAUGAGGCGUACUUCUUCGACUGAGAAGUAUCAAAGUUCAGUUAUGGAUACAAAUUCAGACUCCGAUGAUUCAGACGAUCCAGAUGCCUCUGUUAUUCCUUCACCAUAUAGACCAGCUACAAAUCUUGUCAAAGUAUCUUCUGAAUAUAGCGAUAUUAUAACUGAAUCAACAGGACUGAUCAGAAGUACCGUUUCGGCCGAUGAUGUUUUAGAAUCAUCGCAAUCGGUAACAGAUCUUAAUGCAUUUUUAACCUCAUUGAUAUCAAAGGUUGGUUUAAUUUUCCCGGUAUCCACCGAAACUAUUAUAGAUGAUUGCCUUUUGACGAGACUUUUGCCUGUGUUUAAGGACAUGGACCCGGAGUUUGGAGUCUCGUUGAGAAACUUUCAUAUUCAGGUAUCUAAGAUGAGCAAUGUGUCAGAUCUUGUUGUUUAUUGCUUUAAUGAAGAUCAUGAUCGCUGUGUAAAUGAAGCCGCUUGUCCCAAGCCGUCAUGCUUUGACUUUUCAACCGGGGAUUGCAAAUGUGUUUCAUUAUGUCGUCUUUUAAGAAUGGCUCAAUUGAUUUAUGCUAAAGAACAUCCAGAACUACAAGUUAGAAAGAGUAAAAAAGAUAAGAAUACCUUAUCUCUCAAGAAAAGCACCAAUAUAGACCAAAGCGUUAUAACAAAAUAUCACACCAUUCUGAUAUGCAAUCCAACACAAUCGCGCUUGGCCAAGUCUAAUCUUUUGGCAAUUCCUGUAAUGGAUUCCCAAAGUUCCUUGAAGGCACCGGAAGCACUCUGUUCACGUUAUGACUUGAAUGUUUUCAACAAUUGGGAUUCAAAUUAUCUAUACAGGGAACGUCUUGAAAUUUCAAAGAUGUCAACUGCUACCCCAAUAUCUACGGGCCAUGUCUGGCUUGGAAAUAUUACCGACUUUGAGUGUCUGCAGAUUAGGGUAAACGGAAACAAACAAAUACCCACUGAACAAUACAAAUUACCAGAUAAUCCGUUGCAUUGCGAUCCUUUUAACACGGUAGUUACUCUUACAAAGGAUCAAAUGGACCCCAAGAAUACCACAAAUGAAGAACUGGAUUCACACUUGAUAACGUUACCCAAAACAAGGUGGAGGUUGUUUAUUCAUUGCUACGAAGGUGCCGAAUUUACCAAUCUACAGGAACUCAAGAAAGUUUUCAUGAGUGGGAAGGAUAGUAUACCAUUGACUGACAUGCACAAUAUUAGUCAAGCACAAAUUGACUUCCCACCAUCGGGAUCCUUAACGCUUGUUGAUCUCUCAGAGGAGGAUAUUCUUAAUAUUGUUAAUAUUUGCAAGUUAUGUUACGCAUUUGGUGGAUCGGAUUUUCCAGCACUAUUGUAUUGUUCUGAUGGAUACACCGAAACAUCACUUCUAGCAGCAUGCUUUGUGAUGUAUGCAGAAUGUUUGUCACUUGAUGAUGCCCUUGUAAGCUUCACAAAGAUUAUGGAAUUUUCGCCUGUAAACACAAAAAGCCAAUAUGUUUUUCAUAAUGUGGAGAAGAAUGCAUUCACUUUUGAAGAGGAUGCUUCCUGCAUUAAAUCUAUUUUGUUAAGACCUAGGAGACGGAACACGGGCUUUGGUAGUAGUAGACGUGUUGGAGGUCCUGGCCAUUUUGGUAGCCGAGCCGUUGGUACUACUCUUGUUGGAACGAGACCGGUACCAAACGGAAGAGGCUACAACGGAGUAAACUUUUCUACAAACAAGCGGUCCCAUGCGGUUCAGAUGAGAGACAGAACAAGCAGAACACGACAAUUUUCGGGAAAAGUGGGAACAUCACGUGUUGGAUACGUCACUUCCAGUAUUGGAACCAGACCUGCUCCACAAAUGAUCACACACAAUACUGCAAAUUCAAGCAAUGAAAUAAGGGCCAUUCCAUUAUCUCGCAAUUCAUCGUCAACAUCACUUUCAUCAUUUUAUGCCACCCCACCACCACACCCUCUAGAACCAGUUAUGGGCUCUUUCCCAUCACAAAUAUUACCUUACAUGUAUUUGGGAUCGCUUGAGCAUGCUUCAUGCCUCUCUAUGCUUACAUGCUUGGGAAUCGAGUAUCUUGUGAGUGUUGGUGAAUUUGUGCCUUGGCUAGAUAACAUCCGGUAUACAACUUCCGUGACGAACUCAGGGUGCGAAAUUAUAACACCCAUACCAGAUCAGAGGGAUCCAGAAACGGACAGUUUGUGCAAUGUUAAACAGAUAAUGCUUAUGAAAAACAUAAAUGACGAUGGUGUUGGAACAAUUGUUACAAAGAUCAACGAUACCUUAGAUUUUAUUGAUACCUGCAGGAAAAAUUCAGGCAAAGUGUUAGUCCAUUGCCAAGUCGGAGUUUCCAGAUCUGCAACUGUUUGCAUUGCUGAGGUUAUGAAUAGAUUGAUGAUCAGUUUGCCAAGGGCUUAUAUGUACGUGAGGGUUCGCCGGCUAAAUGUCAUUAUACAGCCGAAUUUGAAACUGAUGUAUGAACUAUUUAAGCUGGAAGAGACAUUCAUCAAGAAAAGAAAGGCAAAUGGUAAUUUGAAAAAGAGAUUAGUCAUAAGCAACACCCCUGAGUUUUUAAGAGAGGUUGAUUGGUGUGUGUUUUGUCGUGAAAUAUUCAACUUAAAUAGGGCUUAUAUCAAGCCUGCCUGUUGA